UUAAAGUUUUAAGGAAAAUGUUGUAAAAUGCGGUGUGGAAAAAAUUAUGGAAAGAUCCAGUCUGGCAAGAUGUAGACAUUCUUUUUUUUUUAAAUAAUUUCUUUUAUUCCUUGCGGAGAAGCUGUGCGUGUUCUAUCCCUUAGAGAAUGAGAGGGAGGAAGAGAGAGAUCCUCCCUCCCAGAGGCUAUCCUUGCUUUAAUUGUGGCAUAUGAAGCAAGGGACAGACUCGAACAGAUCAGAGAUUAGAGCUGCAACACACGCAGACAGUGCUGAUGGUGGAUUUUUUUUUAAACCCUGACUGAAGUCGACUAGAUCCUGCCACUGAGUAAGUGAGGGAGAGAGAGGGAGAGAGAAAGGGAACAGCCAUGAGAAGGAGUGGGAGGAAGAAAGCGCCAGAAAGGGAGUGAGUGCAAUGCGUGAGGGGAAGCAAGAGAGAGCGAGAGGGAAUGGGGUGGGGGAGAGCAAGCGAUGGAGAGACAGGAAACAUGCAACAGCCACUGAACCUGGAAGGCAGGAAGAGUGGAGGAAGCGGUGGAAUACGGAGGCUCUCAGCCAAAUGCAGGGGCAAUGGAAUACAAGCAAAGGCAGCAUGUGCUUGUUGAAGAGGAGGGAGGGAGGCUGUCAACGGUCCAGCAGCAGAGAACAACGUGGGGAUAAUAUCAGAAACAGGCACUGACGGGAAACGGAGCGAGAGGGUGGGGGUGUAAGUCAAGGAACAUGCUGACGAAAAAGUUUCAGGCUUCAGGAGGGAUAGAACUUGCAUGACAAUACCAUCCAGCCAGGAGUGGUGGGAAACGAUGCGUGCAGGAAAGACGAAUCUGUGCCGGAGUCUCAAUAUGAAGCUUCUCUCCUGCCUCUGUUAUGUUUACUGAUACCAGCGGGCUUGGGCGACAUACCAUCCCACGUCACUUCUGGCUCCCACAGAAGAAGACCAAGAUGGGACACUCAGCAAAGACUGCGAAGGAAUCUUUGUUUAGUUUUGAGCCUGAGGAAUACAAGAAGAUGGGUUCUCAUGGAUCUAAGCAGACGGUGCAUAAUGGAUACAGUCACCAUUCUAGGGUAUCUCUUACCACUCUGAAGUGGCAUACGAAGCUCUUUAGGACUGGUGAGAGCUGUCAAACUGAUUCGAGCAGUAUGAGGUGGCGUAAGUGUCAGGGGCAGGGAUUACAACACAACAGCGCCUCUGUGAGGGACGGCUCAAGAGAAUGCAGCUUUGUGGAUAACUUCCACCAAACCCAGACUCCCCUCCCUUUGAGGAAAUGUGCUCUGGAUUUGCCGACGCAGUUCAUAGGUCAAAGAAACUGUGGAGUGCCUGUUUGCGUGGUGGCACAACAAUCCGACUCUGUCAGAAAGUCACAGGCGCCUGGGCAAACUGAGGCAAAUGAACACACCUUUGACAAACGUCAGACGCCAAAAACCAGCUGCAGUAGAAAUCCAGAACACUAUAGUGUGGAUAGCGCAAGACAGAAUUUCCCUAACUCAAUGGGACAUGUAGCAGAAGACAGUGAUGGGUACAGGUCCAUGCAUGAAGUUUUCUUCUCUACAGAAGUUCCUCAAAACCUCACCAUCAACCACAAUAAGAGCUCUCAAAAAGGGGAUUUGCAAAAUAUGUCAGACAACAGGGGGACGUCCCUGAGUGGAGAUGCUUACAUCUUCAAAUCAAAGAAAACUCAGAGGGUUCUCCAGGACCAGAUCCGUAAAGUGGUUGUGAAUCUUGAGGAAGUUCUCCGUGGCUUGAAGGAAGUGCAUUUGGAAAUGAAGGAGGUGGUCCAGCAAAUUGACCAGCUGACCUCCAUCAUUGACCUGGGAGAGGAGGACAGCGGAGAGGCCUCUGGACGUUGCAGCCCCAGUGAGCAAGUUUCUGCAUCAGAGGAAGCAAAGCAUGUGGAAACCAGCAUCGACAAUUCUGGGUACACAAACAACCCAGGUCUUGUGUCAACUUUACCAAGGGGUGCCAAAAGGCUUGAAGCAGGUAGCAAAGACCAUACACAGCGUGAAGGCCCCCUUAGAGUUGCACCACCAGCAUACCCAGCUGCACUUUCAUCUAUAAACAAUUCAGGGCUGAAAUUCAAUCAUGGAACAACAGCAUCCCAAAUUAAGGGCCCAAAAUCGGAGGCCAGUGCUCUGUCUAGAAACCAGAAGCCUCCUCCUUACCCCCUUAACAGCAGAACCUGGAGAGCAAAUAAAGAAAAAACUCCCUGUUAUGCAGGCAGAAGAAGACUGCUGUCCACAAUUGUGUAAUGGGGCAGCUGCUUGAGGGCAGCUAGGGGAAGAUUACAGUUUGAAGAAGCUGGUAUCCAAGGAGACCAGUAGUAUUAAGUAAGUAUGUUCUGAGCGUCUCUGCAUGCAGCCGACUGAAUCAGCACCUCACUAUUCAAACACGAUUCACUCUGAGUGCAUGUUAAGUAUGCACCAUGGUGUGUCUGCAUACUGUAUGUAUGUGUUCAGCUGUGCUAUUUGAGGCCAACUUGUCACAAAAAGUCAGGAGGUGCUUGUACAUUAGUGCCAGUCUAAGACAUUUUGAGAAGUAUGUAAUUACAUAAUCACUGCUUUUUUUUUUAGGUAGUAACAAUUUAUAAUCUGAAAUAAGGAUUUUUAUUUCUAUUAGUUUUGACAGUAGGAGAUUUUACAAUAUAGUUUAGUCAUCAAGGUUUACAGAUUAGAGGUGAACCUAUCUCAAUUUUUAUAUGACUGAAUCAUUUAAGGGGUCAUUGUAUUGGGAAAAUCUACCACCACAUGUACCACAUCACAUUUGUAUUUCUGGUCUAUUCAUGCAUCUUUAGAAACUUCUUUAUUCUGGUCAGGGUCAUAGUGGAGCCAGAGCCUGUCCCAGAUACACUGGGUGUGAGCCAGGAAUACAGCCUGUAGGGAUGGCAGUUCAUUACAAUACACCAUGCACACACACAUUCACACAUGCAUUCACAUGUAGGGGCAAUUUAGCAUGACCAAUCUACCAGUUUUUGGGAGGUGGGAGGAAACCGGAGAACCAGGAAGAAACCAACACAGACUAUGGUAGAAAUCCAUACAGACAGGAACUGAACUCAGGACUGAACCAGGGACUCUAGAGCUGUAAGGGAGCAACGCUACCCGCUGCACUACUAUGCCGCCCUUUAUAAGUAUAUUAUUAUCUAGUAAUGUUAUCAAGAAUUGUGACUUUCCCAUUGUACUCACUCAAAGAAAGCAUGGCCUCUCCGGCUGACAUUUCCAGUGGAGAAGGUGUAGCCUCCCAUGCCUCAAAACUAACAUUAUGUUUGGAAUAAGAUAGAUCAAUGUUGCACAAUCCUGAAGGUAUCAAAACACAUUAAAACUAAUAAAUUUACUAAAUAUAUCUAAUGACCACAGACCAUGCAUUAAGCCUUGUUUAUUCGAUAGUAUUGGAAGCAGAGAUCUCAUCCAUAGUUGUGCAGUAUGUUCUCCAAAUGUUUGACAGGAAAUCAAAUACGUGCAUAUGAGCUUAUUACUUAAAUCCCAUGGUGCGAAAGCUGGGCAGCAUUUAUUGCUAUGCAUUUCAUGAUACGGGAAUAAAAAUAGGAAAUGUUAUUAUUUAAGUGAACAACUCUGAAUUAGCUUCAUUACAAAUCACUCAAUCAUCUGAAAGCAGGCCUCUUCAGUCAAGCAUUCGGAGCCCAGCUGGAUAUUUCAGGCUGAAACACUGCAUCUUACAAUUAAUUGAUUAAUGUGAACACCUGGAGGAACACCAAGAUGGCAGAGCUUUGGCUCCAAACCACAGGGGGAGAGGAAUAAUGGAUGUGCUAUUGUACAGAACACAGUUAUAUGCACAAACUUUUUGCUGACAUGAGUAGAAAAACCUCAUACCAAACCAGAUAAAUGAAACCACAAACAAAAUAACAGAGCUGUAUGUGAGCACUGCUUGCAUUAAGAAUGAGCUUCCAUUAUCAGCAAGCAUGAGGGCAUUUUGAAGCUACAUUCGAGCUUAAAACGGUAAAGUGGUUUAGAAUCACAAAACUAUAAUAGCUGUUAUAGUGAUCACAAUUAGUUUUGCAUGCAAAUUAUUGUUAGCUUUGUAAGAAAUGAAACACUUGAGGGUGGGUGUACUGUUACAGGAAAUAAUCCAGGACUGGAUGGUGUGAUGCCACCCUAAAGUGGAUUAUUUUCCAGUAACAUGUUCCAACGUGUUCCACUUACCAUUGCAAUUUCCAAAGAUUAUUUAUUAAAGAAUGAAAUGUAGUGCUUUUUAAACAUUUAAAGAUACAUUUAAUGUUGUGGAAUGUCUGCAACACAAAUUACAUAUAAGCAGACAUUUCCUCUAGAGCAACUCGUUUUUUUUUUUUGUCUCGUUAAUGGGA